CAAGUACAGCCACAAUCAUGUUUAAUCUCUUAUCAGGGAACUUGUUCCCCCGUGUAACAUUAGUUAUUUCUUCACGCGAACACAGAAUGGCAUCCCUUCCCCUGGAGCUACGACCCCCAUUAAUUAUUGCUCUUGCUGGCCUUGAACGUGAUGACACCAAAAAACUAUUUACUGCUGUUGUAGGUGAAACAGGGGAACAAUCCUGGAAUAAGAUGACGUUUCAGUCACCUGCACUCGUGCCAUUGUCUUCUGUCCCUUUAUUCUUGAUUUUCAAUGCAAUCGUUCAUAAAUCCAACCCAGAGAAUCUGCCUAAUACAAUGACUGAUGUAAUGACAAAAGUACUUCAUAUUUUCAUGCGUUCCUCACACAUUCAGGAGAAAAAAUUGAUUGAAAUAAUUCUUCACAAUUUAAUGAAAAUGUCAUUUGAAGCCACUCGAGAAAAGCGAGUUAUUUUCAACAAUACCGAUCUAAAAAACGCAGGACUUACAAAAGAAAUGGUACGUGAUCUCAUCAUAGAAGUACCUGGAGGCAGCUCACUACUUAAUCAACAUCUUUUGGAAGGUGACACUCUGAUGUUCUUUAGUCAUCAAAUCCUUCAAGAAAUGUUAGCUGCUCUGUACAUCGCCAACAUGGAUCUCGCAACUUUCCAAGCAUUCGUCACUAACGAGAUUCACAAAGAUCACUGGUCCGUUGUUCUACGGCUCCUGUGUGGAACUGUUUUCGAUCAAAAAAUUAAAGCUCAAUUCAUCAAAGAUCUUACAACUGAGACUGGACUAGAAAAGCAAAAUUGUCUUAAACAUGCACUCACAACUAAGAUAAAUCAAUGUACGAAAUCCUAUCAGAAGUUGGAGUUGUUUGGUGCGUUAUAUGAAGCCAAUGAUGCCGAGCUCAUUAGAUCCCAUGUUCAAGAAAUCAACUUCGAAAACGAGUCUUUCACUGCAGCAGGAAUGUGUGCAAUGUCAUGUGUCAUGCGACGAUGUGGCCAUCUUGAACAAGUUCGCCUCGUCAAAUGUGAGCUCAAUGCAGAAUUAUUGAAAAACUUCGAGUUCAACUUGAAAGGCUCUAUAGUGAAGGUGUCAGAAUUUGAUAUCAGCUUAAAUCCGAUGUCCGUUGAAGCUUUUGAUAUCUUUGGUUCAGUUUUAACAAACAUUGAAGUGGAAAAACUCGUUAUGCGUGGCUGCUCACUUACAGAAGAAAAGUUUCGUGUGCUUGGAAGAUAUUCCCAUUUACAGAUUCGCGUUCUGGAUGUUGGAAAUAUCACAAACAUGACGUUUGAUCUGUAUCUUGCAAUUGUCAAGUUCGCAUCUGAACAUGAUGUCAAAGAACUUCUGAUGGAUCCGUGGGAUUUCUUCAAGGCAAGCGAAGAGCAGCUGUUGGAACUGAGUAAAUGGAAAGUUUGUGGAAAGAUAUCCACUCUGGAUGUUCAAAAUAUUACAAACAUGACGUUUGGUCUGUAUCUUGCAAUUGUCAAGGUUGCAUCUAAACAUGAUGUCAAACAACUUUUGAUGGAUCCGUGGUAUUGCUUCAAGGCAAGCAAAGAGCAGUUGCUGGAACUGAGUAAAUGGAAAGUUUGUGGGAAGAUCCGAGUUCUGGAUGUUCGAAAUAUCACAAACAUGACGUUUGACCUGUAUCUUGCAAUUGUCAAGUUUGCAUCUGAACAUGAUGUCAAAGAACUUUUGAUGAAUCCAUGGGAUUGCUUCGAGGCAAACAAAGAGCAACUGCUAGAACUGAGUAAAUGGAAAAUCUGUGGAAAGAUCAAUGUUUUGGAUGUCCGAUCCAUCACACGAAUGCCAUGUGAUCUAUGUCUUACAAUAACUGAGUUUGCAAGUCGAAGUGAAGUCAAAACAAUUCUGAUGGACUCGUUGGAUUUUUCGAAAGCAAAUAAAGAGCAAAUAAAGGAAUUAAGCGAAUACAAAUCUUGCGGGAAGAUAUCCAUCAUUGAUAUCAGUCAAAAUUCUAUGGACGAAGAAGAUUUUUAUGCUCUCGGCAAUCUUUUAUCAAACUAUGAAGUUGGCCAACUCAUUGCAAUAAAUUGCCAACUAACAAAAGCAAAACUUGAUGCUCUUGGUAGCCAUUCUGGAUUGAAAAUUUCCGUACUGGAUGUUCGAAAUAUCACAAACAUGACGUUUGACCUGUAUCUUGCAAUUGUCAAGUUUGCAUCUGAACACGAUGUCAAAGAACUUUCGAUUGAUCCGUGGAAUUGCUUCGAGGCAAGUAAAGAGCAGUUGCUGGAACUGAGUAAAUGGAAAGUUUGUGGAAAGAUUCAACUGCUAGAUGUUCGCAAUAUCACAAACAUAACGUUUGAGCUGUAUCUUGCAAUUGUCAAGUUUGCAUGUAAACAUAAUGUCGAACAACUUUUGAUGGACCCGUGGGAUUGCUUCAAGGCAAGCGAAGAGCAGCUGUUGGAACUGAGUGAAUGGAGAGUUUGUGGAAAGAUCCAAGUUCUGGAUGUUCGAAAUAUCACAAACAUGACGUUUGAUCUGUAUCUUGCAAUUGCCAAGAUUGCAUCUAAACAUGAUAUCAAAGAACUUUUGAUAGAUCCGUGGGAUUACUUCAAGGCAAGCGAAGAGCAACUGUUGGAACUGAGUAAAUGGAAAGUUUGUGGAAAGAUCAAUGUUCUGGAUGUUCAAUCCAUCACUCAAAUGUCAUCUGAUCUAUGUCUCACCAUAUAUGAAAUUGCAAGUCAAAGGGGAGUCAAAAAAAUUCUAAUGGAUUCGUUGGAUUUCUCUAAAGCAAAUAAAGAGCAAUUAAAGAAACUAGACAAAUACAAACUUUGUGGGAAGAUAUCCGUUAUUGAUAUCAGUCAAAAUUCUAUGGACGAAGAAGCUUUUGAUGCUCUUGGUGACCUUUUUACAAACUAUGAAGUUGACCAACUCAUUGCAAAAAAUUGCCAGCUAACAAAAGCAAAACUUGAUGCUCUUGGAAGCCAUUCUGGAUUAAAACUGUCCAGGAUUAAUAUCAAUGGAAACCCAAUGGAUGAAAAAGGAUUCAAUGCUCUCGGUUCUUUAUUAACAACAAAUAAUAAAGUUCUUCACCUUGUCAUGCAAAAUUGCCAACUCACAAAAGAAAAACUGGACGCUCUCGGAAGUCGCUCAGUAUUAAAGAUUUACACUCUGGAUAUUCGAUCCAUAACCGGCAUGACAUUUGAUCUAUUUCUCGCAAUAUCUAAGUUUGCAACUGAGAGUGAGGUCAAAGAACUUCUGAUGGACCCAUGGAAAGAGUUCAAAGCAACUAAAGAUCAAAUAAUGGAAUUGAGUAAAUGGAAAGUCUGUGGAAAGUUGGAUAAACUAGAUGUCAGUUGGAAUGAUAGUCUUGGAACUGCUGGCUUUGGUGAAGUUGGAACAGUUGUUUCAAAAUGCCAGGUGAAGGUAUUGAAGGCUCAGUUUUGCAAUCUUACAGCAGAAGGAAUGAAAGCAUUCAAGGAAAACACUAGUAAUGCAAAGAUCGACAGCUUAUAUCUGAGUUGGAACCAAGUCAGCAAAGUCGGAGAUGAAGGAUUAUCUACAACCAGUGAAAUUGUUCGUAAAUGUCAGGUUAAAAAAUUGUACAUGCGGUAUUGCGAGUUCAACGAUGAUCAGUUGGAAAGAUUCAAAGCAUUGAUUGCUGAUACUGGGGUUGAGUUCGAUGGCUUCUAGUGAGUCACAGACGCCGUAUCCGAGGAUGAUUUUAUUGGAAUAUUUGAUUUAAAAUUAUAUGAGUUCCACAUUUCUUCAGUUUGUCUGUCUGAGAUAAUCACUUUUCGUUUUGUUUCAAAAUUUUCGAGCAAUUUGUUUUUAUUUAUUUUUUUCAAUUCUGUCUAUAAUAUUUAGCAAGUAUGGUCCGUUUAUCGCAUUAUGUCUUAUGGAAAUUUCUUUUGAUUUUCAUAUAUUUCAUCAAAUAUUUCAGUCAGGGAUUCCGAAUAAUUAACUAGUUGCAUACAAUAAACAAUGGAAUAACUGCAACUCUACAAUCUGGCUAUUUGACCAGACAUUUUUUGCCCACGGAUUGCCGUGUUAGACUUUUAAUGCUUUUAUAUUUUCGUAAGUAUGAAAAUACGAAUCAAAAAUUAAUUAUCGGGCAGUUUACCACACUUUUUAUGUCAACAGAUGGCCGUGAAAUUCUAGAGUACUAUGCUGGCUAA